UGCCUGAAAUUGGAAGAGGGAACGGCCGAGAAGGCAGAAGCCGCAGAACAAUGGAGGAGGCUUGUCCCUCUCCGUCUUCAUCGGCAGUUUCAGAAGCUCUUAUACAAACCCUAAUUACCAGAGGAUGGUGCUUUGGAGACAUCGAACAAGUCAAAGGCGUAAUCAUGAUUCAGUCCGCUUUAAUUGGCGAUUCCUGCACCGCUGAUUUGGUUGAAUCGGAGCUCGCUAACAUGGACUUACGAUCUUUCGGUGGCAAGUCGUUACCCGCUUCUUCUGUCCUCCGCAAUUCUUCUCAUCUUGCCGGCCCUAAAGUCCUGCAGAUAUCCUCGGCGAGGGACAUAUCUCGAAGCAGCAUAGCUGAAAUUUCAGAAAAUUCACAUACUAGGCGUCUGUUAAGAUUGAUACUCACAGAUGGGCACUCUGAAGUAACUGCUAUAGAGUACUCUCAUAUACCAUCAAUUGCGAAUGAUGUCAUUACUGGCACAAAGGUUCGUAUAGGAAAAAGGGCUGCAGUACAUUCUGGUGUUUUGUGCCUGAAUCCUGAAGUGAUAACUGUAAUCGGGGGUGUUGUUGAACCACUUUAUGAAGAAUGGAAGAUGAACCAAAAAUAUUCGGGUUUAUCCCUCUCGUCCUUAAGGAUAUCAAAGGAAAGUAACACUGAUGGUCCCCCACCUUUUGAAAAGCUGCAAAUCAGGGAACUUUCACGUGCAAGGCCUCCAGGCAAAUUUUCAUAUUAUGCUGGAUCAAGUUCCAAAAACUCAAGGCCUACUGUUUUGGGGAAAGAUGGAAGUCUUGAACCUAGUCUGAUUGGCAGACACGAUAGCUUUGAUUCGAAGACAGAUGGCAUGGACAAUAAUGGAAAAUCAGCUUUUGGUGAUGAAAGAACCAAAGAGAAGCCAAGUGGAUCUGAAGCAAGACCAAAGGAAGUGGUUGAAUAUGUCCCCCUUCAAAAUCAAGCAGCUUCUCAGAAACUCCUCCUGAAAAUGAGUCAGCCAAACCAGGAGGAUCGUCAUUUCAGAGUUCGAAAACAUAGGGGGAAGGGUAAACAGGAAGAUACACCAGUUCUCACGUUAGAAGAAUGGGAAAGGAGAAAAGCUGGGGCACAUCCUCUGAAGAGUGAUGGCUUCCCCAAUGUUAGCCAAGAUGAAGAUCUUGCUCAGCAGCUUCAAUAUCAAUUUCAUUUGGAAGACCUUCAUAUACAAAGGGUUCCUCACGAGUCAGAAGCAGAGAACAUAAAAUUGAGCAUGUUCAACUUUCAAAGGGAUGUUGACAAAGACCUUGAUGGAGGGGGAUUCAGAGGAAGAGGAAGAGGAAGGGGAAGGGGAAGGGGUAAAGGAAGAGGGAGGGGCAGAGGUGGCCAAGUGUGAGUUGGAGCUUUUUAGUGGCAAAGCAUAAUAAGGAUGUAAUCUCACCUGCACUUUUCUUGAUUGCUUUGGUCAACAGUAUCCCGUUCCUCCUGGACUGCUUGAUUAUCCUCAGCAAAUGGGUAACAGCGACAUUAAUCCUAGACUUGAUUUUCGAUCUGCCCAUCAGAGACAUGAGGAUUGAGCAGAUGCCCAUAAGCUACAGAAGUAUGGUGUGUUGACUUUAUAUUGGACAAAAUGGAAUGGACUCGGUUUCACUCAAAUAUUCUCAGAAAUACUGCCAAACAUACCGUAUUAGUUUCUGAACCAGCAAGAGAAAGAUUUAACAUACAAUUGUUGUCAGUAGAUUUGAGGGUGGCUCUUUUUUUAUUUUUUUUUAGCUGAGAAAAACAUCAGGUUGGCUUGUUUAAUGAUUGAUGCAUAUGGUCAGCUGUCUUCAGCUAAGCAAUAAAAUCAGUCAGUGGUGUUCCUUGUAA